AAAGUCUGGGUUGCCGCCCACUCUUCCCUCUGGUCGUGCAGCAGUUUUAUGCACAGUUGUUGCUUUAAAGCAGCUCUGUAAAGACUAAAAGGCUUCAAGAUGGCAUCCCAGCAGCUCUACUUGAGGAUAAUGGGGCUGGCUGUGUUGUUGACACUCUUUGCACUGAGAGAUGCAUCCAGUGAAAGCAGCUUGCACAAGAUCUUGAGGAAAAGAGAUGUGGCAGGAGCUGGUACUGCCCCCUCAAAGUCCUCUGUUGCCAUCCCGUCUUCCAAGGCUCAAGAGUUCCUGGCAAAACUGAGCAGAACCAAGAGGAACCUCUGGGAUCGCAGCAGACCGGACGUGCAGCAGUGGAUCAUGCAGUUUAUGUACAUGGGAUUCGAUGAGCAGAGGCUGGAGACUGACCUGUCAUACUGGAUGGACCAGGCUCGCGCCAGUGACCAAGGGCGUCAACACCACUAUGAUGAGAAUGCCCCCAUCGGCCCACGUGACCCCAGUGCUUACAGACACGGAGCUAAUGUCAACUAUGAUUACUAUUAACUGUGACAGUCUGUUGGUUUUACACCUGACGUGCAGUUGCCAGUAUCCAAGUACUCCUCAGUCAGGGUUCCCACAUAUUGUUACCAAUUAAUUUUAAUAACUUAUCCAUAAUAUUUUUCCCAAUAUCCAUGACUUUAUGUAAGUAGUUAGAGAUACAGCCACAAGUUAUUAAAUACGCUUUUCCCAGGCAUUUGCAAACUGCUAGCUAUCUUUACAUGCUCAUUAGACAUUCCAGCCACCAACUACCAACAUAUGCCCAAAAUAGGUAAUUCGCAAAAAACAUCAAGGCCACGCCCCUUUUUUGGAGGAGAGAAACUAAAAAUCCCAGAUGUCAGUGCAAUUUGACAUGUGACAGUUUGUAAGCAUUUAUUUCUUGUUAAAUGAAUAUUUUACGGACGAGUCUAAGUGUUUCGCGACUGUUUGAAAAAAAAAAGGAGGCAGCACUUCAACAGUGGCGCUCUCAGUAAGCGGAGGUAAUACAUCCCAAAUUCCCAUGUGAAGGAGGACAAAAUAGUCACAUUUCAUUUGUUUAACCCUUUGAAACCUGAGAGAGCUGGCUUGAUUUCUUUUGAAUACACGGGAAGCAGGGCGUCAGUAGCGUAGUGGAUAGUGCCGGCGCCCCAUGUACAGAGGCAUUGCCUCACUGCAGCGGCCGCGGGUUCGAAUCUGGCUCACGGCCCUUUGCUGCAUGUCAGUCCCCACACUCUCUCUCUGUCUCCCCAUUUCACCUUCUGUCCUGUCAUUAAAGGCAAAAAAGCCAACAAAAAUAAUUGAAAAAAAUAAAAAUAAAAUAAAAUAAAAAAUACACAGGAAGAAAUGACCCAAAAAAUUAGCAUGAAAAUUAGUGAAAAGACAAAAUUAAAAACAAGAAAAAAGUUGUAAAAAUAAAUAAAGUUAGAAAGAAACGAACAAGGAGAUGACCUGGAAAGAGAAGUUACAUAAUUUUUAAAUAUAGAAAUAAAUAUAAAUAUAGUUUUCCCUUGAUUUUUUUCUUUUUUUCUCUAUUAAUAUCUCUACUUUCUAAAUCUUUUUUUUUUUUUUUUGGAAAGAAAUUGCACCACUUAGCUCAGGGUUCAAAGGUUUAAAUACUUGUGAAAGUAGUCUGAAAGCAGCACAAGAAACGUGAUGUCGCUCCAGGUUUCAAAGGAUUAAUUGGCUCACAUCGCAAUUAAACUACGCUGACAUGUUUCUGCAUAUCAUGAGCCUUCAUCAGAGCUUUUCUGCAUUUUCCUCUUUCUCUCCUCAUGUGACAAUGUGCUUCUUUACCCCUGAAAAGACGGGGCUUGGCAAUGACACGAUGUAUCAUGUGAUACUGGUGGUGUUUCAACUGUGACACAGCCCAGCACUAGGUUUUAAAUUAGUAAUAGAAGGAAUGUUUUUUGCAUUUUGGGAUUAUUAUGAACAUUUUUAAGCAAUUGCCAAAACAAUAUAUGUUCAAAACUUUUCCAAAACCUUCUGUUAGCUCCUCAGGUCUGGAAAUCAGUUUUUCUAAUUUCAUAACUUGUCCAGGAAUGACAUGAGCGUGGGAACCCUGCACAGCUGCUCUGGCUUCUUUGUUUUAAUUGGUUAGACCAACUAGUAUAACCCAAUCUUUGUCACCGUCCUCACGUAUUAGUUACAGAGCAGAGGUGAUGUUCAGUGACAGCACAAACACAAUUAUGCGUGCUAUUUACAAAUUUUGUAAGCAACGUUUUGAGGCAGCUGAUUUGUAUGAAAUACUGUUAAAAUCUGAUGUCUGGCUCUUUUCUCAUCACAAGAUCAUUGUAAAUAAAGAUGUGGCUCUUA